UCAGGAAACAUCAGACGGAGCUUUUAUAAGGUUAGAACAACGUUCGAGCAACGUUCGGGGAACGUUCGGGGAACGUUUAACGGUCGAACGGUUCGUCCCGCUGACGUCAGACUGGCUGUAACGUCCGGGGCUGUGCGUCGCGUCGAAACGGUGCUUUCUGUCUCAGCAGUGCAGCCGGUUGUCAUGGCGUCUCCAGGGAGACAGGGAGGUGGUGGAGGUGGAGGUGGAGGAGGAGGUGGCGCUCUGUCCACGAGAGGAGGCGGCGGUGCCAGGAGGAUGAAGUGGGCUCUGGAGCUGAGCUUGGGUAACACCAGGAGUCGCAGUGACCGUCAGGGCGGUCAGGGAGACGUCGUCUACCCCAUCGGCUACUCCGAGAAACCCGUCCCGGACACCAGCAUCCAGGAGAACGACAAGAACCUGGUGGAGAAGCGUUGUUGGGACGUGGCCCUCGGGCCCCUGAAACAGAUCCCCAUGAACCUGUUCAUCAUGUACAUGUCGGGCAACACCAUCUCCAUCUUCCCCAUCAUGAUGGUCUGCAUGAUGGCCUGGAGGCCCAUACAGGCGCUCAUGUCCAUGUCUGCCACCUUCAAGCUGUUGGAGAGCUCCAGUCAGCAGUGGCUUCAGGGCCUCGUCUACCUGAUCGGUAACCUGCUCGGCUCGGCGUUGGCCAUCUACAAGUGUCAGUCGAUGGGACUGCUGCCGACACACUCGUCCGAUUGGCUGGCAUUCAUAGAACCGCCUCAGAGGAUGGAGAUCAUGGGUGGAGGGAUGGUGUUGUGAAGAGGACGGAGCGUGAACGUACCAGAUUAAAAUAUUUACAGAGGUUUAUAUACUGUACAUUCUGCAACACAUUCAGCUUUCUACGCUCACACACUCGUUUUGUUUGUCUGUCAUCACCUAUGUUGUCCUCAUUCAUCUUUUUAUUAUUAUUAUUUUAAUUCAGCAGAGCAUCAUGUUGACCACUGUCAAACUAUUUUUCUUUUCAGCUGAAAUGUUACUUCAUUUAUGAAUUUAUGUUACAGCGUACAAAGUUUAUACCCAGUUUUCAGGGAGGGCAACAUCAUUAACACAUAACUUUAGCUCUCUAUAACGCCUAAAACAGUUAGUUAGGUGUUUUAAUUUUCAUAGAAAAUAAUCUCUUAUUAGGUUAUUAGUUUCUUUUUUCUUCUUGGAAGUGAAACAUGAUUUCAGCACGCUAAAGUCAGCAACAUUUACUAACCCUGUUUAUAAUUUAUAGGUCUGUUUAAUUUAUACUGAUUACGCUCUGUGAAAGUGAAUCCUUAUUGGCCGAAUUCAAAUGUUUUUUUCAACUGUGUCAAUAAACGUGUCCGAGGAAAA